AUGGAGUCUUUAAAAAUAUUCGACAAUUUUAAAUUCAGUGAUUUAAAUGAAGACUGGAUUCAAUCCAUUUGGGAUAAAGAAUUUAUGAUAUACAAUGAACCACCUGAUGAGUACCUCAUGUUUUUAGAGAGUGAAGACAUGAGAUUACUUCUGCAUGAAUCUUGCAUGGUUGUGAAAGAUUGGCUAGAAGAAGGUACAAAUCAGAAUGAUUUUGAAAAUUGUUCUGAAAUAUCUUGGAACACAUUGAUUAUUAUGGAUAUAAAGGUGCGUGCUUUAUUAGCUAUACUGGGUUAUAUAAUAAAAACAGGUCAGAGUAAAGAAGCUGAUGUGGACUCAAGACAAUCAUGUCUGUAUGCUACUAGCUUAUAUUUUGUGCUUUUGGCAAUACCUGGUAGCAGUGCAUUUAAUGUAUUUCAUCCAAAUUUAUAUCAACAUGCUAUAGAGACACUCAAAAUAAGUUCUGAGCAAUUACAACCUCCUAUUAAGAAACGUAAUAAAACAAUGAAUUUAGAUGAUUUAAGUAUGAUGGAGGAAUCAGUGAAUGAAAGCAUUACUCUUUCUUCCAAUGAAAAGGAAAUUCUUAUACAAAAUUUAAAUAUCAUCAUUUGCAACCUUAUUAUGAUGAUAAAAUCAUUUUGGUUUAAAGAUCAUGUGCAAUCCUUAGAUAUUACUAUAUAUGGGUUACUUGAAGUAACAAAGAUAGAGGAUGAUUGCAUGGCCUCUUACUAUUGUAAUAAACAAGUAAGCACUUUGGAAGCUUCAUUGCCACAAAAUGCUUAUGCAGCUUUGCAAGAAUUAUGUGAUAAUAAACAUGGACCUGUUAAAGUAACUAUAACAUUUAUAGUAAAGUAUAUAUUACCUCGUUUGCUGUAUGGCCCUAUGGAUACCCAAGCAAAAUUUAUUACAAAUAUACGUGAGCACACUAUAAAUUUUUUAAAAGAUUUACUAUAUGCAUAUGAGAAAGAAGCUAAAACUGCAAUACUAACACUGGUACAACAUCUGAUGCUAAAAUGUCCAGAUAGACUUGAAGCUCGUCAAAAACAAGCUAGUGUGUUAGUAAAGCUCCUUAGAAUAUGUAAACAAAAUAUUGCACUAGAAGCCUUUAAGGACUUAAUGCUAUUAUCACAUCAUUCAAAGAUACCUUUUAGAUUAUUUGCUCAAGAAGUAAUUGGAAAAUUAUUUGAAUCCUUUUUCAUGAAUUGCAAUAUAGCAGAUAGUUUAAAAAUUAGAAUAAAGAGAGUACUCUUUGCAAUUGCAUUGAGCAGAUGUAUGGAUUGUUCAAGUAUGGUAAGAGGAAAAGCCAUGGCAAUAAUUGCUGACUUCACAGACUCUAACAAUGAAAUAGACAAAGCAAUAUUUCAAACUAUAUUUGAAAAAUCCGAUCCAACUAAGAAGUUUCCCACAUUUCUUGACAUGAAGGAUGCUUUAUCAGAAGAUAUUGACUUGUUACCAGGAUUAAAUGCUCUAAUAACUAUGCUGACAGAGCGAAUAGAAGAUGAAAGGGCAAUGGUACGAAAAAGUACAUUACUAAUAUUAAAAAAUUUGACUAUAACAUUUCCAUCUCUCAUACACAAAGUGCUACCUAUAAUUAAUCAUAGAUGUAGAGAUCCAACAUUAAUAGUACGCCGAUUUGCUGUACAAGUUCUAUCCCAACUUGUACAACAAUUUCCAGAUAAUUCUCUACUUUUAGAUGAAUGGGUAGAAGCUGUUGUACCACAAAUAUUUGAUAUUGAAAUCAAAGUACAAGAAAAGGUGCUAGAAUAUUUACAAGAGUUAUUAUUAAAUAAAAUAAAAAAUGUUUCUAUGAGUGCUGAUAAUACUGCAAGUGAUUUGCCAUGGAAAAUUUUAAAUACCAUAACUAAUCUGAAAAUGAGAAAACAUUUAUCAAAAGCCUGUAGCCUAUGGAUUAGAAGUGGUAUUAUCACUAACACUGUAAUAAAAAAUAUACAGUCUCAUAUUGGGACAAAUAAUAAUAUAGAAGCUUGGGUUUUCUUAGUUGCAUUGGCUGAAAAUACCAACUUACCAAAUAUGGACAAAUAUUUUUUAAACUACAAGGAAAUUGUUGCAGAAAAUAAUUUUUGCACUAGUCUAGUUUUGCAAGUCUUAAGAUAUUCUUGGAAGUCUUUAGAUCUUGAAAUUUUAGAACAUCUGCAUAUAUAUCUAUACAAACGCCUACAACAAUUUGAAAUUAACUUUGGUUUAAUUAGUAUAUGUUUGGACAUUAUACACAACAUAAUUCACUAUUUAAGUCCAGAUAAAAAUAAUUUACUGGAAUCAAAUAUGGUAAAUCUGAUAAAGAUUUCAGAGAUAGAAAUUGCAAAAAUUUUUAAAAGUGAGAAUGAAGCUUUAGAAGCAGCACCCAACUAUUUAAAAGCUAUGUUUACAAUGGGAUAUGCAACACUUUUAUGCACAUAUAAAAUUUCACCAUUAACAUUACGAAUUUUGCAAGGAUUUUUAUUAGAGUGGGAAGCACUGCCAGAAGUAAUAAAAGAAAUAGAACAACUUCAAGCUUCAGCAGUUGUUAUUCUUGGUCAACAAGCAAUGAGAGAUCGCGAUGUUGCAAAAGAAGUAGUUCCAAUAUUUGGUAGAUUAAUGAGACAAGAAACAAAUCUAAAUUCAAUCGCUCAAAUUGCCGUGAAAAUAAACGUUGCGAAAGCUUUAGCUGAUAUAUGCAUUAGAUUUACUGCAUUAGUUGAACCAUACUUGUCAGACAUGUGUGUAAGUAUGAAGGAUUCAAGUCCACAAGUAAGAGAAGCUAUUGUGGUGAUAUUCAUCCAACUACUUCUUGAAGAUUAUAUAAAAAUGAAGGGUCCUUUCUUCUUUCAUAUAUUAACAAUGUUGUCAGAUUCAGACGACAUGAUACGUGAAUUAACCAUUUUUCUGAUAGAGGAGCGACUUUUAACAAAGAAUAAAACAUUAAUAUCACAACAAUUUUUACAAAGCAUAUAUCAUUAUAAUAAUUAUCAAUCUCAGCAUAAAAUUUGUCAUCAUAGAAUGCGUGAAAAUGAAAAAAAAACUUUAACACUUCCUGGAAAGAUAAAUGAAAAUAAACGUAGAGCAAUUUAUAAUUUCAUGUUGGAUCAUUUAGAUCCUCCAGGAAAGAUAAAAUUACUUGUAAAAGUAACUAGUCAGAUACUCGGUGGAACUUACGUCGAUGCAAUUGACGUUAAAAAAGAAGAAGGAGCAUACGUUCUAAGAGAUGCAUUGUAUAUAAUUAGUAACUAUCGUUUACGUCCGUCAUCUUUCAACAGACAUGUUGAUGAUGACCAACAGGAAUAUGAAGAAUCUACAGUUCAAACAAUUUCUCCAGCUUCUAAUGCAAUUACUAUUAUUAUUGAAGGGAUAAAAAAACAUGGCUUAGAAGUUCUGUUACCUGUAUUGAUAAAACUUAGAAUAAAGUUAUCUGGUCUAAAAUCUCCAGUAGAAAAUGAUGUAAAACAGAUUUUGGUUAAAACGUACUCUGAAUAUAACAAAGAUCAAUUAUUAAACAUAUUAAAUGAAUAUCCAAAACUGGAAAAGGAAAUAGAGCAAUUUAGAAAACAACUGGAAGAAACUAGACUUGACAAUGAGAAUUUUACUGAUGAAGAAACUUCACCAUCAGGGAGUAAUAAUCAGAACACAUCUAUCAAAACUUUAGAUAUAUCAUCACCUAUUCUACAGCCUACAGUUUCAUUACAACAUAUUCUGAUUUCUCAAUUGUCAAAUUGUAGGAGUACAGCAGCAAAUUCUGUUUCACCAACCAGUUUUUUAGAUGGUUGGAGUUCUCCAAUAUGUUCAACACCAAUUUUAGAUCCACAACCUGGUCCUAGUACAAGUACACCCUACCCAUACUGUGACUUUGAUUCUAAUAGUACUGUUGGUCAUACUAAAAGAGCUAGAAGACUUCCGACUUUUUUUCCGAAUGAAAAGGAACUAAGUAGUUUCCACUAUAACACGAGGAGAAAACAUAUUUUUCAAGUUCAAGAUGAUAGUGAGUCUGAUUAG